CUCUCUGCCUGUCUCAGCCAUCGCAGAGCAGCUCCUGGGAGAUGGAUGGCAACAUCUGAUCGUCCGCUGUUGUCCCCGCGUCUUGGAAAUGUGGCAAGUCCAGACCGAGCCGUAGAAGGAAGGGGUGCGGGGGAGAAAAAUGCCCCUUUCUGAACCGCUCCUGCUCCUAGGCUAUCCUGGCAGCAUGCAAAAGCCAGGAGGGCUGCUGUGAAGAAAGUGCUGGCUCUGGCAGAGAGCUGGAGACCAAGGCGUGCUGCGGGUUUCCUCCUGAUGCUCUCUGAGGGGUAUUUUUCUUGGCAAAGGGAGGCUUGCUGAAGCUGGGAGAAGACAGCGCUCAUCCAGUGUGGGGAAAAUACAAGGCUCCAGCCAGGAAACCAUGGCGAAAUGCAAUGGGCGAUGCACGCUGGUUGGAUUCUGCUGCCUUCAGCUGAUAGCAGCGCUGGAGAGGCAGAUCUUCGACUUCCUGGGCUAUCAGUGGGUGCCCAUCCUGGCUAAUUUUUUACACAUUAUGGCUGUCAUCCUGGGCAUCUUUGGGACCAUCCAGUACAGAUCCAAAUACCUCAUAAUGUACGCGGCGUGGCUGGUGCUGUGGGUUGGAUGGAACGCAUUCAUCAUCUGCUUUUACCUGGAAGUUGGACACCUGUCACAGGACCGGGACUUCAUCAUGACCUUCAAUACCUCGCUGCACCGCUCGUGGUGGAUGGAGAAUGGGCCCGGCUGCCUGGUGACACCGGUGAUGAACUCAAACCUGGCCCCCGAGGACCAUCACGUCAUCACUGUCACCGGAUGCCUGCUCGAUUACCAGUACAUCGAGGUAGUGAGCAGCGCCAUGCAGAUAUUCCUUGCGCUCUUUGGAUUCGUCUAUGCCUGCUAUGUCAGCAAAGUGUUUAUGGAGGAAGAAGACAGCUUUGACUUCAUCGGAGGAUUCGAUUCCUACGGGUACCAGGCCCCACAGAAGACGUCACACUUACAGCUACAGCCUUUGUACACAUCUGGGUAACUCUCUUACGCCCUGGAAUCCGCCCCCUUCCUGGAUCUUUGUGGGAAUGCGAGGUGGCGGGAUGCCCCGAACGACUGCGAACUGUCCCGAAAGCAACAACUAAACACGCUAAAGGCGAGGCCGGCACGGAGCCAACGCCCUGGGUUCAUCUCGGGUUCCUUUUAUUUUCCUUCUGGGCAGUUGCACGGUUUUCAGGGACUUGCUGCAACACCAGAGAAAAACACACACACACACACACACUUUUCUGCUCAGACUGAGGGACCAAAAGAGGUGCAAUGGCUCCACCUGCUGCCUAAUGUUCACAUCUCACCAGUAGCUGUAACUCCAAUGAGAGCAAGGACCACGGUGGAAAACCUGUAUUUUCAUGGAGGAUGGGGAGAAGAUUCCGUCUAAGGAACAGCUUUAUUCAGCAACAUCCUGACUGGACUCCUGCCGUCCAUCCGUAAAGUUAUGUCAGCUGUUCUGUUCUGAACCCCUGCUGCCAUGGCUUGGCAAUGCGGAUGGUGGAUUGAGUAGCUAGCAAUGCAUCAGGUAUCUGUGUUUAAGGCAAGGUGAAACUGACCAGAGGAGGGUAGGUAGGAUCUCAAUUGACUAUUUUCUUCUUUAAUUUUAUCCACAUCUUUAUUUGAAUUAGUGUGUCCCUUUUCAGCGUAGAUAAGUGCCAAUCCGAAAGGACAUUUCAUGGGGCAUGGGGGCAAAAUAUUCUGCACUUAAUGAAUUCAGCGCUGGUGGGAGGAAUACAUUCUGUCAGCUGGCUGGCAGUGAGAGCUGGCUGCUUCUUGCCUCUGGUAAACGGCCACAGCGCCCCACUGACCCCUGAGGCACAGCCAGAAGCUGCAGUGUUGCCAGCUCUUCCAGUUUUAUCGCAAG